AUGCCUUCGACUCCAGAGCAGCCCCCUGCGCCCGUGACGGGGUCCCCUGCGUGGGAGAUGGCCUCAUGGUCCCUGCUCCCCUGCGGGCUCUGCAUCCCCAUCAUGUUGGGCCUGGCCUGCCUGGCCGCCUUCUUCAUGCUGACUACAGCCAUGUUGGCCGAUCGCCUGUUCCGCCGCUCUCUCCGCCCAGACCCCAGCCAGCGCACCCCAGCCCUGGUCUGGCGCCCUGGAGGAGAGCUGUGGAUCGAGCCCUCGGGCACCCCCCGAGAGCGCUCUGAGGACUGGUACGGCUCGGCGGUGCCCCUGUUGAUGGACGGUUCCCCAAGCCCUCCCACCCUCGGGGGCACCUUGGAGGCCCGAGCAACUGCCCCACCUGUGCCUUCAGCCCCCAACUCUGCUCCCAGCUCCUUGGUCCCCCAGACCCCACCUGAGGUCCCAGCCCGCAGCACCUUCUGGGGGCCCCAGCCCUGGGAGGAGAGACCCCAUGCUGCAGGUCUGGUGAGCUGGGCUGAGCCUGAGCAGAGGCCAGAGGCCAGAGCCCUGUUUGAGAGCCCCCAGGCCUGGAGACAGCAGCCAGGGAGCCCUGAGCCUAACUGGGGCCUCCAACCUCGGGUCACCCUGGAGCAGAUCUCUGCUUUCUGGAGACGUGAAGGCCGGACUAGUGUGGGGUUCUGA